UAUCACGCUGAUACGUAGUACUUCCGCAUUCAGUGAUCUUUGUGCACUGCCACUUCCGGUGGAUCACUCAUCACUCUGGCGAACCUAUGAUGGACGAUUAUAAGUUAACUUAUACUGCAUCCCUGGUAAAUUUACCCAAAAUAACUUUUUCUGACGUACAUCGACUAACUGAACAACACUCCAUCACAGCCCGCUCCAAAGUGGACAAGGGAUACAGUUUCUUUUUCGAGAACUUCAUCUACGACUACGAAGAUUGUUUUCCAAGCUGAUGCAGCCGAACUUCAAGAAACCUCAUGCAGCUGUACAGCAGGCAAGGUUCUGUGCAACCAUCUAGUGGCCUUGUUGUUCCAGAGUGCCCAUUACAGCAUGUUGCAGGUGAGAGCUGUACCACCACCUGUGGCCUGCACAAGCUCUCUGCAAACAUGGCAUCGACCAAGGACAAAGGGGAUCCAUGCAGAGCCGGUUCAGGACUUGGUUGUUAGGAGACCAAAGCCAUCUGCCAGGAGUGUAUGCAAAUCAACACUCUAUCAAGCAUACACAGGAUCCCUCCCAGACCCGCAAGUCUUGUCUCUUGGGGAAGGACUGAAAAACCUCAGGCCGCAACCACUAAUAUCCUCAGUGCUGCAUGGCUUGUCUCAACUCUCCAUGGUCGACUCCAGGUUCGGACCUGUGCCGCGAGGUUCACCCCUGUCCUACCAGUGUCCUCCUGUGGUCAAACGCGGAAAUUAUGUCCAACACCCAGGUGCACCAACAUUCCCUAAACUGCCUUUAGAGGGGUCAACAUUUCCCACUACUUUUCCAAACGUUGACCCAAACUCCCAACAGUUUCUCCAUUUGGACAGCUUAACUGUGACACACGAGAUGGCAGCUGAGAGAGAGGAGCAGACACGUGAGCAGUCUGAGUGCCCAUUAUGGCAAGCUUUACGCAAGCCUAGAGUGACAGCUAGUAGGUUCUAUGAGGUUAGCCAUGUGAAAGGGCCGUCUUCUGGUCAGACCCUGGCAGGGCGGAUACUUAAGGGAGUACACCAGACUCCCGCCAUGAAAAGGGGCCUUGAACGCGAGCCACAGGUGCUGGAACAAUAUUCAAAACAUUUCAAUGUAAAUGUCUCACGCUGUGGAUUUGUUAUCCAUCCCGAUGCUCCUCACAUCGGGGCUAGCCCCGAUGCGAGGGUAUAUGACCCUAGUGCCAUUCCGUGUUUUGGGCUUGCUGAAGUUAAGUGCCCAGACAUCUCCAGCAUUUCUGAGGCAGGACAUGUAAAAAUUGUGAAUGGUCAGGCAAAACUGAAGCAGAAUCAUAAAUACCACUGGCAGGUUCAAGGCCAACUGGCAGUAACUGGAUUGAGUUGGUGCGAUUUUAUAACAGAUACUGAGGGAGACUUAACAGUCGAAAGGGUCUGGAGGGAUGAUGAAAUGAUAAAAGAGAUGAAAAAGAAGGUGGACCUGUACUUCUUUGGUACAUAUAUGAAUGUGUAUCUUCAGCAGAAAGUGAAAUGAACU